UUGUGGCGUUUCGCGCAAUGCUGCGGCCGAGGGGUCUGGAGCUGACGGAGAGACACUUGAAGUAGCUUUAGCAGAAGAGAAAUGGAGGAGCCAUAGAACAUUAAGGAUGAAUUCAGGAAGACCCGAGACCAUGGAGAACCUGCCUGCUCUCUACACUAUUUUCCAAGGAGAGGUUGCUAUGGUGACAGACUAUGGAGCCUUUAUCAAAAUCCCAGGCUGUCGGAAGCAAGCUGUUGGUGGUGUAUGUGGGAGAAAUGAAGUACUUCCCAAGAAUUCAGACUGUCUUCUGAGAGUGAAAGUGGUGAGGAAUCCCCCGUACAGACUGUAGGAUCAGCCGUUGGUAGAAAUAUACCAGGUCUGGUCCAUCGAACUCACAUGUCGUCCUGUCGUGUGGAUAAGCCCUCUGAGAUUGUCGAUGUCGGAGACAAGGUGUGGGUGAAGCUUAUUGGCCGAGAGAUGAAAAAUGAUAGGAUAAAAGUAUCCCUCUCUAUGAAAGUUGUGAACCAAGGGACUGGGAAAGACCUCGACCCCAACAACGUUAUCAUUGAGCAGGAAGAGAGGCGGAGGCGGUCCUUCCAGGAUUACACCGGGCAGAAGAUCACCCUUGAGGCUGUCCUGAACACUACCUGCAAGAAGUGUGGCUGCAAAGGCCACUUUGCGAAGGAUUGUUUCAUGCAGCCAGGUGGGACCAAAUACUCUCUGAUACCUGAUGAGGAAGAGGCGGAGGAAGAGGCAGAGUCGGCGGAGCUGGAGAAGCCUGACCCCACAAGGAACUCUUCCAGAAAAAGAAAGAAGGAAAAGAAGAAAAAGAAACAUAGAGACAGGAAAUCAUCUGAUUCUGACAGCUCAGACUCUGAGAGUGAUACAGGCAAGAAGGCAAGACACACAUCAAAAGACAGCAAGGCAGCAAAGAAGAAGAAAAAGAAGAAGAAGCAUAAGAAGAAGCACAAGGAAUGAGAGUGGAAAGAGUGGAGGGGUGGCUGAGAGAAGAGGGAUCAGGAGCCUUGUGCCUUGAAGCCCUGGCUCCUGGAAAGACUCGAUAGUGAGAAUAUGGCCUCCCACCCCACUGACUUUUCUCCCAUGGGAGGUGGCUUCCCCUCAUGCAGCAGGCAGGUUUGGGAGUUAGAUGUCAAAAGCAUCUGCCCGAAUGAAUUGUUUCCUUAUCACCCCUGGUCCCUUUGCAAGUGACCCCUGCAGCUCACCCAUUCAUUCACCCAGUUUCCUUCAUUCAGCAGGCGGUCCUAUUACCUUCUCCAGCUGCCACUGCCAAAGCCAGAUUCCUGCACAGGAGUCCAGGCGGGAGCCACAGGGUCUGCUGUGGAGGUGCGUCUGGCUGUGGGUGGAGAGCAGAGUGAUUGGCCCUCCCUGUUGGUCUGCCCUGGGCUGAUGGGUGGCUGAUCGCUGCUGCAUCCAGCGUCGGGGCAGAGGGAGACUGCCAGUAUGAGGGAGAACAUGGGAAGAAGUGGUGCUCACUUUUUCCAUUCCCCCUAACAUGAUUCCACUGUGCUAGAAGUGACAGCCAGUGGUCACAGCCAGAGGACUAUUGUUUGCAGUGACUGCGCUUGUGUGUGACGUUCUGCCAGACCACUGAACCAGGCAGCUCAAGCCAAGAUCAUUGCUUCCCUUUGUAUUUACUGCUGUGAGUCACUUGGUUCCACGUCAGGCCUCUGCUUCAAUCCCUGGCACUAAAUGGACGUGUGUUUGGAUUUAAAUUUA